AUGUGGCAGAAUGCUACUGAAGCUAACUGCAUCAAUUUCUCACCAGAACAAUGCGGAUGGCUUUGGUUCGAAGGUGAUCCAACACCUCUCUUAGUUGAAGAUAUUGUUAUGGUAGAACUUGAUGAAGUAGAGCUUAAUGAAAUUGAUAAUUGUGACGAUGAUUCUUAUGAUAAUGAUGAUUACAACAAAAAAAAUGACAGUGACCAUGACGAUAAUAACGAUGAUAAUCAUGAAAAUAAAGGUGACCAUGAUGAUAAUUAUGAUAAAAGUGACGAUGAUCAUGGCCGUAGUGACAAUGAUCAUGACGAUAAACAAUGCGGAUGGCUUUGGUUCGAAGGUGAUCCAACACCUCUCUUAGUUGAAGAUAUUGUUAUGGUAGAACUUGAUGAAGUAGAGCUUAAUGAAAUUGAUAAUUGUGACGAUGAUUCUUAUGAUAAUGAUGAUUACAACAAAAAAAAUGACAGUGACCAUGACGAUAAUAACGAUGAUAAUCAUGAAAAUAAAGGUGACCAUGAUGAUAAUUAUGAUAAAAGUGACGAUGAUCAUGGCCGUAGUGACAAUGAUCAUGACGAUACGAGCUCUUGGACCAUAAGUGAUAUUUUGCUACAAAUCCAAUCCAUAUCUUUCAGAUCUAUAUCUCCAUUAUAUUAUUCACCACAAUGUGGCCAAACAUCCAAAAUAAUGAGUGACGCAGUAAGUGCGAUACGAAGAAAAGAGCUGAGACACACGCCAUUUCCAUCAGCUGGCAAUAUAUCACAAUAUACAUGUGCGUCAGUUGAUGUUGUUUUAUUUGUUGAAUUUUUACCGAAACGAUGUAAUUCAAAUGUAACAAAUUUCAAUACUAGAUUUGUUACUGAAACGCUAGAAAAAGGAUUAACAAAAAUAGUUGAAAAAUAUAAUUUUAAAGAUGAUCUUUCAAUAAGAAUGCGUUUUGGUGAACUUUUGGCAAUAAUGCUAUUGUUUCUUCAAUAUUGCAUUGCUCCCCAUACUGACAUCAAACCGUUACAAUAUUUAUCUAUUGCUUUCUUGUGGAAUGAAAGUUUUAAAGAUAUGGUUGACUUUUCAGAAGGAAAUAAGAAAGCUGUAAUAUUGGGUGAAAAUGGUUCUGGUAAAACAACCCUAGUAUCGUUGAUAACAGGUGUAAUUAAACCCUCGCGUGGCAAUUGUUACUUAAAAUUUGCCGAUACACGAUGUAAAAAAGACAUGGAAUAUUUUCGACGACAAAUAGGUGUAUGCCAUCAGUAUAACAAUAUACGGAAUUACAAUGAUUUGACUGUAAUGCAACACAUGAUAUUGUUUACUUGUUUGCGGGGAUUCCGUAAAGAUUUUGCGAUGAGAGAUUCCAUAAUGCUGUUGAAUGAUUUCGAAGUAGCUCAUGUAGCAAAUCGUUAUUAUAAUGAAUUAUCAAAAGAUGUAGUUCGACGUGUAAAUUUAGCACUAGCGUUUACCGGUGAAACAACUGUGGUUAUAUUGGACGAUCCUACAUAUGAAAUUGAUCCAUCAGCACGUCGAAGCAUUUGGAAAACAUUAAAAAAUAUGAAAAAAGAAAGGUGUAUUAUCUUAUGCACGAGAUCUGUGCAAGAAGCUGAAUAUUGUAGUGAUCGUCUUGCUAUUCUGAAUAACGGUACAAUCCGCUGUCACGGCACAACAGAUUUUAUAAAAAAGCGUUUUGGUAUUGGAAACCAUUUGGUAGUUACACAAUCUGGAAACUAUGAUCAAAUUAGUUUAAAAAACUUUCUAAAAGAAAUAUUCCCCCAAGAUGAGGAACUUUUUUCAGAAAAUAAAUAUGUUGUUAAAUAUACCCUGCGAAAUCAUAAAACGGAGUACAAUGAUUAUAUUCUGGAGUUGAUGGAAAAUAAUGCUUCGAAAUUUGAUAUAAUCAAUUGCAAAAUUGCGAUGUGGUCAUUGGAAGAUAUUAUAAUGAGUUUAUCGAUUAUGUGGUUGGUAACACUCAUUUUUCCGGAUUUAUUUAUGGAUCCAAAAGACAUUGGUAUGUUACUGUUUUUAACUGUUAAAUAUCUGAAAGACACCAACAAAGCCAAAAAACAUUUACCUGCAGGAUUAUUCCAUGUAUAUGUUUAUGAACGCACUUUGAAAAUUGUAAAUUAUAAUCUAAUAUUAGUUGUGCAUUACAUGUUAAUUAUUCUACCACCAUAUGCAUUCAUGAACAUGUUUUAUCAAUUAAAUAAGCAGUAUGAAAUUUAUGAAUUAUGUUACGUCAUUUCGAAGAAUAACAACACCUCGGCGGAAUAUAAUGAUGCUUCGAUAUUUUUAAACUGUAAAGAAAUGUCAAAAUAUCCACCAGAACGAACUUGGGAUACAGAUAUAUAUAUUUCAACUGCAAUGUUGUUUAUUGAAGGAGUUAUUUUUUGGAUGUUAUUUUAUACAAUUGAAGAAUUACAUGGCCGAUUAAAUCGUUUCAGUAGAUUCGGAUUAUUUGUAGAACCAAUAAAAACCUUUGUCCAUCCAACACAUUACACAGUAAAUAAAAAUGUGCAACAUUAUAAUAUUUGGAAUUUAAACUGCAGUAGACCUCAAAUAUGGACUCAUCCUGUGUUUGUUCGUGAUGUAUCAAAAACUUUUCGCCACGGAAAACUUCAAGUUUUAAAUCAUCUUUUCUUUUCAAUACGUGAAGGUGAAUGUUUUGGACUUAUUGGUCGUAAUGGUGAAGGAAAAUCCACAGCAUUUAAAAUAUUGGUUGGUGAGCUAAUGCUGAUUAACGGAAAUGCUUGGGUUUGUGGAUACAAUGUGAAAACACAAAUAAACAAAAUACAUAGUAAAAUUGGGUAUUGUCCACAACUUGACGCUUUGUAUAAUCUUUUUACGGUUUAUAGUAUUUUGAAAUUUUUUUGUUUAAUUCGAGGGCAUAGAAAAUAUUACAAAGAAAUAAUAGAGAUAAUUUCACAACAAUUGGAUUUAAAAAAUGAAUUAUUUAAGCGAAUACACACUUUAAACUCCGGAAACAAACGUAAAGUUAGUAUCGCGAUUGCAAUACUCGGUGAUCCUCAGGUUAUAAUUCUAGAUGAACCUACAACUGGUGUUGGAGUUGUUGCACGACGGCACAUAUGGCAUGUCCUGAAUUCAUUACGGCGUAAAGGUAAAACUUUAAUCGUGACAACGGAAAAUAUGAGAGAUUGUGAGAUGUUAUGCACAAAUGUUGGCAUAUUGAAACAUGGAUCGAUGGCAUUUAUUGGCUCAAUUCGAAAGUUAAAACGUAAAUACAGUGGAACAUUUAUUGUGUAUUUGACCAUCGAAAGAUACGUCGUGGACAUAGAUAACCUAUUGGAAACUAUAAGAACUACCGUGAUGAAAAGUUUUUUCGAACCGAAUUUUAGUAUGAAAUUAUUAUCACGUGAAUCCCGUCGCUAUAUGAAAUAUAGAGUUCGAGGAGAUGGUUUACAAUGGAAUAUAAUUCACAAAUAUUUUCGAACACAUAAAAAAAUUCUUCAUUUAAGAAAUUUUUCAGUGUCAGAAAUUUCAUUAGAAGAGAUAUAUUUAGAAAUCGUGAACUCAUAAGAAAAUGCACGGUCAAACAAAGUCUCUCAGAAGAAUCAAAAGUAAUUUUCAAGGACAAUUUUGUGAAAUUACUUCACCCGGCAACAAUAUUUUCACAAUCCC